UCCUUGAGAGGAAAACUAAUACUUUCUUUCUUUCAUCAGGCUGACUUCGAAAGUGCCGCAGAAGAUGUAAAAAAAUUAAAAACAAGACCAACUGAUGAAGAACUGAAGGAACUAUAUGGAUUCUACAAACAGGCUACUGUUGGAGAUAUUAAUAUUGAAUGUCCAGGAAUGCUAGAUUUGAAAGGCAAAGCCAAAUGGGAGGCAUGGAACCUGAAAAAAGGUUUAUCAAAGGAGGACGCCAUGAAUGCCUAUAUCUGUAAAGCAAAAGCAAUGGUAGAAAAAUAUGGGAUCUAGAACACUUUCCCACUAAUAACUAACUCUUGGGUAGCUAAUGACCUAACGCUGUUGAGAAAAAUGCAAUACUACUCCUUAUUGUGUAGUCUGACAGUAAAAUCUUUUAAGCAUAAGCUGUUUGACUGUAAAGGGCAUUGACAUACAUACUCCAUUUUUAGAUUGUAUCUUAUUCUAAAUGAACUUGAACCUAAUAAAU